UUCGGUCAUAUGUAAAUGAGGGAGAACAGCACACCAGCCAAAGUUUAUCGUUGCCAGAUAACGCAGCGGACACCUGCAUCUGACGGUCGCAGUGAUUCUGAUGAUGAUACAGGGCUUCAAAUUCAGCUUGUGACCUGCAAAUCUAAGCGAACUGACAAGUUCAAGAUGGAAAAUUAUAAAUUGCUGGAACGGUUGGGGAAAGGUGCCCAAGGAUCUGUGUUUAAGGUCCAGAACAAUAUUGACAAGUGCACAUACGUCUUGAAGAAAGUGGAGUGCACAGAUGAAGCCGAGGCGAACAAAGCAUUCAAAGAGGCUAUGGCCCUGCAAGAUCUGAAGCAUCGCUACAUCUGCGGCUACAAGGAAUUCUUUGUCACAUGGGAUAAAGAGGAGUCAGCCUUGUAUGUCUGCAUUGUCAUGCAGUUUUACAAGAUGGGGGAUUUGGACAAAGCCCUGAACAUCAAACGCAAACAACAAGUGAAAGUGGAGGAAGUAGUUUUGAAGAAAUGGAUUGGCCAGAUGCUGGAGGCAUUGGUUUUUGUGCACAAUAAACAAGUCAUCCACAGGGAUCUCAAGCCUAGUAACGUCUUUAUGACUGAAAACCUGGAUGUCAGCAUAGGGGACUUUGGAGUGGCCACGGUCAUGGGGGAUGCACGCACAAAGACGAGAACCACAGUGGGAUCCAUGAUAUGGAUGGCCCCUGAGGUGUUGGAGAGACCGUAUGAUGAGCGCAGCGACGUGUGGUCUCUGGGAUGCGUUAUACUGGAGAUGGCAACUUGCAGAUUCUUAGAUCGUGCCCAGGUGAAUGCUGUCUUGUUUGACAUGAAACAGUCCAUUAACUUACUGGAGGAAAUCUUAGAGAAAGUACAGGAGGAUUACUCUACAAACCUGGCACAGCUUAUCCGCGCAAUGCUCCGCAAAAACUUCCAGCAACGACCAACGACAGUUGAGCUGGUGGAUAUUCCCUACAUCAAGGAAUGUUUGGCACUCUGCCAGUCCCACAUUGUGGAAAAAAAGAAAGCCCAACAGCAAGAUGCAUUGGCUGUACCUAAAGGCACAGACGUUCCUGGCACCAUAGAAUUUAUGAAGAAGAAUAAGGACAACGUAGUCACCAUGGCCAACGCUUUGACCCACCUCAAUACCUUCAAAACCCCAGCGCUUGCCAAUGAGGCCAAGACGCUGGUGAUGAGUCUGAUGCGAGACCAUAUCAAUAAUGUGAAUGUACAGAUACAGGCUUGUCGUCUGCUACUCACGCUGGCAUCAGCAGCUGACCCAGAGGAAGAUGGUGACGACGUUCUGUUCUCAAGCAAACUCAUCAAGAACAUUACACUGAGCAUGAAAUCUCAUGGAGCUUCCAAGGAACUUCAGAGUGUGGCUUGUUUACUUCUUAAAUCGCUGGCGAUGAAUGAGCAAGCAGCCGGCACUAUCGGAACGCUAGGAGGAAUCCAAGACAUCCUAGCGGCCAUGAGGGGAUUCCCCAACAAUGCUGAAAUCUGCGCCAAUGCCUGCAGCGCCCUCUCUUGUCUGACGAUACACGAGAAUAAUCUGACCAUCAUACGCGAGGAGAGCGGAGUGAAGGAUCUAAUGAACGCAAUGGGGACCCACAUGAGUGCAGCUAGCGUCAUAGACUCUGCCUGCACUGCUAUGUGGGGACUCUCAUUAGAAGAUGAAAACAUUGAGACAAUGGGUGAGCACAACGCAGCAGAACUGUUCCUCAAGGCUAUCCAAACACACAUCAAGAACCCUGACGUUGUGAAGAACGCUUGCAUGGCCCUAGCCAGCCUGGUCAGUGAGUCUGAGGAGAGUGCUUACGCUGCCAUGAGCGAGAACGAACAAAAUAAGACGGGUAUCGAAAUAGUGACGCAAGCAUACAAGCAGCAUCAUGAUGACCCCGAUGUGGCCGAAAACGUCUGCUGUUUCUACAUGGAGAUGUCUGAAAUCGACGAUGGUCUGAUAGCUCUACAGAAGCUCAACGUGGCCAGUGUCCUGAAAAGUAUCAAGACAAAGUUUGCUGACAACGAGGAGAUCAUGUGCAACGUCUUGGAUGUCCUGGGCAAGCUGGGGGAAGGGGGCGGGGGAGCACCGGGGUCACGCCCCCAAUCUGCCAGAGACAAAAAACGUGGGAAGUGAAGCUUCCAAUUCUAAACUUGCAUUCCUAAAUCAAUUUGUAUAAAGAAAUAAUGCAAACAAGUCAUACAACGCCGUCCUAGAAAUCUUCUAUAGUAUAUCAAUAACCGUCCAAGCAUCCAGAUGUAAGAUCACUGAAGCGUGCCCAACUCCCUAGUGUGUGAAAAAUUAUAUUAAAAUUGGACGAUUCAAAACUGUUAGGGUUGUUAUUUACAAAAGUGGCAUUCCUACCAUGGUAAGCACCAAUUAACAAUUAAUGGUAUUAUUACUUAUCCCUGUUCUUGACAAUCUAAUUAUUGUGGCUAGCUUAGUCGAAUUUUGUAGAGAUCUGCUGCGCAGAAAAGCUCGAUUGCUUAGCAUAUUUACUCAACAUGCACAAAUCAGGGCCCAAUUUCAUAGCCCUGCUUAACAGCUGCUAUUAUGCUAACUGAUUCUUCAUCUAUUUCAUAGAGACCGUUAAGCAGUAAGCACAGCAAAAGCACGCAAAAACACGCUUAAGCCCAAAGGAAAAAGAUGCUUAACUCAGUGACGUAACAGUAGAAAUCUCCAUGCGUGCGCAAACGUUAGCACAUCCACGCCAUGAAAUAGUGCUUAAGCAGCAGCAUGAUUUUCUGCUUUAGUAAGCACAACUUUUCUGCUAACUGUUAAGCAGCGCUAUGAAAUUGGGCCCAGCUGAGACUCGGUUACAAAUAGUAACCAUCCUUUACAUCUUUUGCUGGUAAUUUGUUUUCCCCAAAAUAAAACUCCCCAGUGCUUGGCCCAUUUGCGUGCUUAAUAUGAAAUUUGGCCUCCGUUUGUACACUACACUUUUUAUUAUGUUCUUAUUUUGUAUAUAAUUUAUGUUAGGGUCAAGAUAGAACACAUUAUGGUACGUUACACUAACAUUUAGCGCAUUUUAGCUGAGAUGAUGAUUGACAGGUUUAAACAAGCAUUGCUAGAACUGAGAAAUCUUAAGCUUCCUAGUUAAGUAUUUUCUGAGAGAACCUUUUUUUUUUUAAAUAAACAUCCAACUGAUUAAAGUAGUCAACACACAUUCCUCUAAUAUAUUAUUAAAAAGAUAUGCAAACUGAUUUUUUUCGUUUUUACUUAAAUUACUGGUCAGAGUUUAUUGAGGCGCAUUGAUGUGCACAGAUGCCUUUGGAGACGAACAAUUCAGGUCUUUAGCGGCCAUAAUUUUAAGAGGUCGUCAGGUUUUUUUUAGAGGCCUAUUUUGCCAUUUUCCAUUGUUCUUAAGGUUUUGCUGUAUUUGUAUUUGUUAUCAGCUUAUUCUUUUUCACAUGGGAGGGGAGGAUGGGGCUGAAUGACCCAUUGAACCACAGUCGUCAAUCUGUUAGACUUUGAAAGAAAAAAAAGGU